AUGAUGCCUACGAACAUGCUGUUGGGCACUGCCUUCUUCUUCCAGACAGGAAUCAGGGUUCAGGGAAACUUCUUUCUAAUUUAUCUCUUCAGCUUCCUUUUCUUCACUGGCCAGAAGCUGAGGCCCAUCGAUCUGAUUCUCACUCAGCUGGCUUUGGUCAACUCCUUGGUGCUUCUCUCUAAGGGCUUCCUUCAGGGAUUGGCAGCUUGGGGUCUGAAGAAUGUUCUAGAUGACAUGGGCUGUAAAAUUGUCUUCUACCUUCACAGAGUAGCUCGUGAGCUCUCCCUCAGCACAAUCUGCCUCUUGAGUGGUUUUCAGGCCAUCAUCAUCAGUCCCCACCACCCCUGGUGGAUAAAGCUGAAAGCCAAAGUCCAAAGAUACAUUAUACCCUCUAUUCUCCUCUACUGGAUUUUCCACAUGCUGCAAAAUAUUGUUAUUCUUGAGAAACUCAGAGGGCCAAGGAGCACUGGAAACAUCUCAGAAAUAAAAGAGUAUGAAUACUGCUCUGUCAAUACCACUACUGAUAAUAGUGCCUCAUUGCAUGCAGUUGUGUUCUCCCUCCCUGAUGCUGUGUGUAUGACCUUCGUUAGCUUUACCAGUGCCGACAAGGUUAAUCUCCUGUACAAGCACCACAAGAGAGUUCAGCAGCUUUGCACUGACAGCUUUUCCUGGAGAGCCUUCCCUGAGGCCAGAGCCACCCAAAUGAUCCUACUGCUUAUGAGCACCUUUAUCAUUUUUUACUUCCUCAAUUCCUUCUUGAUAGGAUAUAUGCAUGCCAUGACACCUAAACCCUGGCUGGUGGACAUCUCUGCCUUCUUGGCUUCCUGUUUUCCAAUGGUUAGCCCUUUUGAGGUAAUCAGCACAACAAAUCCUGAGGUACUACAGGGCUAUUCAUGGUAG